UUUAUUUAACAUUCAGCAAAACACUAAAAAUAAUCUAAAUGCGCAAGCGCCCAUAAUAUUAUUAUGAUCCGGUGAAAAAGCGUUCACUGGAUCGAAUGGUUUGAUGACAAGCUGCACAGUAAGUGUCAGUUUCGAACGUGUGCUAUCGCUCAGCAGAGCACAGGAAUGAGCGAUAAUAACAAUGGAUAUCUGGUAUUAUAUGGACACGUAGGAGUUUCCGCAUCGGAAAGUGACACUCGAAUGCUAGGCAACAAAAGCUAAUGGUCAGUCACGACCUACCAACGCAUCAGUUGGAGAUGCCGACUGUUGACUUCAACGAUGACAGUAAAAACUCUUUCUGGACGAGACAAGAAAGGAGGACAUGGUUCAUUUCAUUGUACUGCGGCACAUGUCUACUUUACGCGACGAGGACGUCGGUCCCACUGCUGAUGCCAGUGGUCAGCAAAGAAAAGCAAUGGAGCAAAGCCGACUCCGGAAUGAUUCUGUCCAGCUUCUUCUGGGGCUACACUCUGACUCAAGUAGCCAGCGGAUACAUAAGCGAUCGAAUUGGCGGGCAGAGAGUCAUGUGGAUCGCAGCUCUAGGAUGGUCAUUCACCACAUUCUUCAUGUCCGAUGUCAUCGAAAUGUUUUCGUCCAGCAUUCACUGUGUGCUGAUUAUCGCUAUCGCACGUGUGCUCAAUGGUGCUUUUCAAGGAAUGCAUUUUCCCAGUGUUAUAAGUUUGACCAGCCAGCAUUUAGAAGAGUAUGAGAGAGCUUCGUUCUUUGGGCUCCUUACUUCUGGGUCAGCACUUGGUACUUUACUUACAGUGACUCUAGGGUCUUAUUUAAUGAAAGCUUAUCAUUGGCAAAUAGUCUUUCAAGUGCUAGGCAGUCUAGGAUUUAUGUGGACAUUAUUUUUGUAUUACCAGAGUUUGAAAGUACCGAGAAAAAAAUUAAAGACGUCAAUUGACGAUUCUAUUCAUAGUAAUUUGCCCUGGAGGCAGCUGUGGUCUAAACCUCCUUUCUGGUCCUGUGUGUUUACGCACGCGUGUCAAAAUAAUUGUUUUUUUGUACUACUUUCUUGGAUGCCAACAUAUUUUCAUGAUACAUUUCCUGAUGUACAGAGCUGGAAAGUAAAUAUGAUACCUUGGCUGUCAUUAGUACCUUGCACAUUUAUCGCAAAAGUACUGUCAGAAAGACUGAUAAGAACCGGGUACUCUGUCACGGCAACGAGAAAAAUAAUCGAGACAAUUUGUUUGACUACUCAGAGCAUUAAUUUACUUAUCUUGUCUCGAGUAACGACAUUUCCAAGUGCGAUGAUCUGCUUAAUGCUGAUAAUUGGAGGCACUGGUUUUCAUAACACCGCGAUUGCUGUUAAUCCUUCAGAUCUUGCACCCAAACACUCCGGAAGUGUUUUUGGGAUAAUGAAUUCCAUUGGUGCAGUACCUGGUUUUCUAGGUGUUUAUUUAGCUGGUCAUAUUCUACAUAUGACACACAGUUGGGCAGCAGUAUUUAUCCUCACAUCAAUUAUUGACGCUCUUGGUUGCAUCGUGUACCUUGUAUUUGGUUCAGGACAACCGAUAAUAUAAAUAUAAAUACUUAAAGAAUAAAAUAUCAGUGACUAAAAUUAAAUAUUGAUCUUGUAAAUAUUUAAAUGAAUUUGUAGAUAAUUAUUAAAGUGAAUUUUAUUAUUUAAUUUAAUUAUUUACAAGCAUUUUAGACAUAUACGGCCCGUCUAAUUCGUAUCCAAUUUUUCGGUAAUAAUUACGCGUACCGACACCAGAAAUUACUGCUAUUUUAUGAGAGCCGUGUUCUUCUCUGGCGAUGCGCUCAGCUUCUUCCAUCAGCAGCAUUCCGAAACCCUGGUGCUGGAAUUUCGUUGGGUCCCGAGCGCUGACUGGGACUACGGAGCCGUAGACAUGAAGUUCCCGUACAAUAGAACAGUUGCCUUUGAGUUCCGGGCGAUAGGUAUCAGCUCCACACUUGCGCAAUCUCAGGAGACCGACGAGAAUGUCUUGAGUUGGAUCUUCAUACGACAAAAAUGUCUCCCAGCCAUUAUUGGCCGUGUAAUCCCGUCUUAUGAGCUCGACCUCGUAAGGCUGAACUUUGUUGUGAAUCUCCUGGAUCCCGACUUCUCGGGUUCUCACGUCACGGCAGUCUGUGCCGAAAUCUUUCAUACGAGCCAGGGCAAGCUCACGUAAAUUUCCAUGUUCAACUCCAGAGCUUACUAGCGGCAUGGGUAUGUCUCGCUGGACACGAUAUACUCUAGUCCAUGGUGGUAUCAGCGCUAAUAUCCUGGCAAUUAAAUCAAUCAACGUACUUGGCGGGUAACUUUUGUAACGACCAGUCUUCCAUAGCUCGUAGAGACCCGUGCCUCGGAUUACCAAUGUUGGAUAUAUUUUCAAACCAUCAGCACGAAAUGCUGGAUUCUCAAAAAAUUC